UUUUGUCCCUUCACGGCUUCCUUACACAGCGUGGAGUUCAAUGACAUUCUGAGCUUUCAUAAGUCAGCUCUCUUCUACAAGGUGUAAAAUGUCUUUAUCCUUUAUAUUCAGAGCAGUUACAAGAGACGUUGCAAAGGUCAGCCUCUGCCAGCAUGUACAGUCACUACACACAGGUUGUCAGCUCCUGGCAGCUGAGAAAGCCCUCCUGGUGAAACUGCGGAAAAGCACUGGAUACACUUUCAUUAACUGCAAGAAAGCUCUGGAGAAGUUUGACAAUGACAUAGCUCAGGCAGAGACAUGGCUACAUGAGCAGGCCCAGAAGGAGGGCUGGAGCAAAGCAAACAAGCUGGAGGGACGCAAAGCCAAAGAGGGCCUGAUUGGCAUGGUUAUAGGAGAUAAAGCUGCAGUUAUGGUGGAGGUCAACUGUGAGACAGACUUUGUCGCUCGUAAUGAGAAGUUCCAACAGCUGGUUAAGGACGUUGCUUUUGCCACCUUGGCUCACCACCAGAAUAAAACCCAAAGCAAGGCAGGAUAUGUUAAGAGUGUCCUGGCAGGUGAAGAGUUAAACAAUCUCAGUGUGGAUGAAGGAGCUUCACUUUCAGACAGAGUGGCUCUCACAAUAGGCCGCCUCGGUGAGAACAUGUCAGUGAGACGGGCGGUGUCAGUGGCUAUCCCUUCUGAGUGGCACUUCGGCUCGUACAUACAUGGAGGUGUGAGCGGCCAGACCGAGGUGGCCAUGGGUCGCUAUGGCGCUCUGGUAAUUUUUCAGGGUGGAAAGGACGAAGAGCGGGAAGUUCUAGGACGUAAGUUGGGACAGCAUGUAGUGGGGGAGGCCCCCUUGUCUCUGGGCAACAUGGAUGACCUGCCGUGCGGUGAAAGUGAGACGCGCCUGCUGCCUCAGACCUUCCUGGGAGACCCCAGUAGGACGGUGGCAGAGUUCCUCAGGGGUCAGCAGGCUCGAGUUUUGGACUUUGUCCGAUUUCAGUGUGGAGAGUCAGCCAGUGAAGAAGCCAAAUGAAGGGAGGAGAAACAUUUAUGUCAAAUGAUUUGUCAUGUGGGUUUUAUUUAAUAUAAAGAUGAAAUGCAACUACCCAUUUAAUCCUCAACAUUCAGAAAGUGACACAGUGUCAUCAUGAAUUUGAAAGCACAACAUGUACAGCAGGUCAGCAUUGAUGGCUGAUGAAAUUACUGAUCCAACAAUAAAAUGUUUUUUUCCCUGGAAA